UGAAAUGAUAUGUUGACGACGAAUUAGUAUAGUCGUAUCACGAUAAAAUUUUAACUUUAUUCAUUAAAUAAUAACAAACUAUGCAUAACAUAUCUAUAUUAAACCUUUUUUAAUUUAAAAGCCUAAUAUUUAACUUCUAUUAAUAUAGUUUUCAUAUUAAUUUUGUUGAUAAAGGUUAUAGACCGCUUGUCCAGUACACGUAUGCAGUGAAUAUGGUGCUUAAUUUUGUGGUUUAUGAGUAAAUUCUUUCUGAAAUGACGUGACAUAGGCUUACUGAAGUUUUAAAAUAACACAAUGUUGCCCCUCAUCGAGAAAGACACUCGGGUUCCGCGCGGCACUUUGGGCGGUUUUAGAGACAAAUUCCCCAAUUGGCUCCGAUUAAUUUACUCUGAUAAGAAUUCAAGAAAUUUAUUUCUAUUUUUAUUACUUAAUUUAUCUUUUGCUUUUGUUGAACUUUUCUAUGGCGUGUGGACAAACAGUUUGGGUCUCAUCUCUGACUCAUUUCACAUGUUUUUCGAUUGCACGGGACUUGUGGCGGGGUUGGCUGCCUCCCUGAUAUCGAAAUGGCGCGCGAACAGCCGCUACUCUUAUGGCUAUGCAAGAGCUGAGGUGUUAGCAGGCUUUGUGAAUGGAUUGUUCCUGUUAUUUAUUGCAUUCUUCAUCAUGAGUGAAGCGGUAGAACGAGCUAUUGAACCUCCAGAGGUGAAGCACGAGCGUCUACUCGUGGUAUCGAUAUUGGGAUUCCUCGUGAACAUGGUGGGCAUAUACGCCUUCCACCACGGGCACGGCCACGGUCAUGGUGGCCACGGACACUCCCACGGCGGCCACGGCCACUCACACAACCACAACCAUGGACACUCGCACGAGGAGCCUGAAGCCCCGACGGGAUCAGGCUCGGCCAUCAUGCGUGGAGUGUUCCUCCACGUACUAGCUGAUACCUUAGGUUCAGUUGGAGUUAUAGUAUCAGCUAUACUAAUGCGAAUGUUCGGAUGGAUGCGAGCGGACCCUAUAUGCUCCAUGGCUAUUGCUCUCCUCAUAGCCGCGAGUGUUAUACCAUUAGUUCGUGAUUCAGCAGGUGUGCUCAUGCAACGGACUCCAACAAGCAUAGACCGUGCGCUGCCUAACCUAUUCACCAGGAUAGUAGGUCUCGCCGGUGUGCACGCAAUCCAAGAACCACAUUUUUGGACUUUGUGCAGUGACGUUCACGUUGGCGCAAUUAAACUAGAAGUAGCAAGAGAAGUAGACCCUAGGUAUGUGACGGAACAAGCAACGAGGAUCUUCCGCGAGGCGGGCGUCAAGUAUCUGACAGUCCAACUAGAUUACUUCCCGCUCUGAUCUUGAGCUUAAACAGCGAAUGUACUGUUUAUCAUAACGUGGAAAUUAUUGUAUAUAAUAAUGUAAUUUAAUUCUGUCUACAGUUUUUUUAUGGAUGUUUAAAUAUGUGUUGUUAUUGAAUGGCAACAUUAUAGAAUUUAUUUUUUUAAUAGAAGGUAAAAUGAAGCUAAUGUACAGCAUAUAGCCAUGUGGUACCU